UUCACUAAUUACGCAAAUUACGUAUAUGUUUGAAUCAUAUUCUUGGUUAGUUAUAAAUGUAUUUAGUUGCGAAGGAAAUAUGCUAAUGAUUCAAAGAACAAAGGCGUAAAUAUGGCAGCUGCUGUAAAUAAUGCGAAUUCUUUUGAAUUCGUUAAGAUUGAUGGUAUACCUUCUCAAGAGGAGAAAGAUAAUGCAGCUUCUAUUCAUGACACUACUCAAGAAAAUAAGCAUAAAAAUCAGUUUUUGAAAGAUGAGAAUUUGGACCAGGAUCAUAAUGAUGGUGAUACAAAUGGUGCUGUAGCUGACAUUACAGCAGAUAACUCUGAUACAUUCCCUUUAGAGGAUAUCCCAAUAAUUAUUUUACAGCAACCUUCUAUACCAAAGAUAAAAAGAAAAAAGAUAAUACAUCAGUGCAAAAUCUGUCAUAAAAUGUUCCAAAAUCUUCAAAAUUUAAAAGAGCAUUCAGCACAGUGUAAAAUUAUAGGAAGUCCACCAUGUAAAUUCAGAACUUUUGAAGACUCAUAUUUCAAAAAACAUUGGCAAUCUUAUCGAGCAGAUUUGCAGAAAAAGUUUAAGCCAAUUCUUACCAUCACUGAGGUAAAGGAAAUUUUUUCACCGAAUUUAGAUUGUCCUAAUUGUCACAAAAAGUACAAGACCAAAAAUCAUUUAUAUCUGCAUAUGUUCAAAUGUGAGAGAUUACGCUGUAUGCAUUGUGACUUUGAGACAUUUAAAACCAAUGAACUGAAACGACAUUUCAACACUGUACAUCUAAAGCCUGAGGAACAGACCAAAACCUGUCCUAAAUGUAAUAAAGUAUUAAAGAACAGACACAGUUUCUCUACACAUAAAUGGAUGUGUGGUAAAAAGCCUCGUUGUGAGUGUCACCAUUGUGGUUAUAAAACUUUUAAUAAAUGGAAUUUAAGAACCCACAUCUUAGCAAAACAUGUACAACCAAAAGUGGAAAAAGAUUUCUCACCUAACAUAGAUGUACCAGAAACAGAAACUGUUCCUUUGUCUCCAGUAAGUGAUCAUUCUAUGACUAAAAAAGUGUGUAGUUUUUGCAAUAAAACAUUCAAACAUCAAAAAGCUUUAAGUGCACAUACAAUCCACUGUCAAAUAUAUAAUUGCAAUCAUUGUAUUUUUCAUACUUUUAGAAAAUCUCAACUCAAGAAACAUAUUUAUCAGAAUCACAAAACAAAAGUUGUUUUUCUGAAAAAUAAUUUAGACAUUCGAAUUGCAUCGUGUCAACUUGAUAUUCCAACUUCAUCAUCCACUGAACAAAUGUGUCGAAUUUGUUACGAAAUAUUUCAAAAUAAAGAGGCUUUAUGCAUUCAUGCUAUUAACUGUAAAGAAUAUGAAUGUACUCUAUGUAAAUAUAAAACUUACAUACAAGCCGAUCUUAUGAAUCAUAUUCAGCAUAAACAUGAACAAAAUGGAUCGUUAUGUAAAAAUAGAAUAGAAUGUCCAAAAUGUGGUAAAAAAUACAAAAACAAACAAGUUGUGACUCGUCAUUUAAUAUAUUGUGAUAAGGAUUUUUUGCAAUGUGAUUAUUGUCCUUAUAAAACUAAGCGCCCUAAAACAUUAAAAAAGCAUGUAGACUUAAUACAUCCCUCAACAUUGGAACUUGAAGAUAGUGUUGAUUCACCAGAUGAUGAGCCCACAGCAAUGUGUGAUAAAUGUGGCCAAAAAUUGAAAGACCAUGAAACUAUAAUGUUUCAUAAUUUCUAUUGCCCAAAAAAGCCAUUUUUGGAUUGUAACAUGUGUUCAUUUAAAACUAGAUAUGGUUUGUGUUUGAAGAAUCACGUUUUACGAGUACACUGUUGGAGCAUUUUAGAGUCAUAUGAAUGUCCAAAAUGCAGUGGAAAGUUAAAAACGCAAGAAACCUUCAGGAGGCAUUUAUUCAGCUGUAUACCAGAUACUGUUUUGCGUUGUAGCUUAUGCUCUUAUAUGACACGAGAUCCAUCGUGUUUGUCAGAUCAUGUGAUAGAUAAACAUUACAAAAAUGAUGUAUUGAUUACUAGUGAAACUAAGUUGAUUCCAUGUCCCAAAUGCGGUAAUAAAGUGAAUAAUCCUCAAAGUUGGCAUAGUCACUUAAAAUAUUGUGAAAAGGAGCCUCACAGGUGAAAACAAUAUUAAAUAAUCAUGUAUUCAUAAAAAUCGGGAAAAGCUGUUGAACUCGAAGAUAAUAUUAAGUAAAUUAGCUUUGUAUAUAUUUUUAUACAUUGAACUUAAUAUCUCUUAUUUUCGGUGUAAAAUCUCAAAUCUUCAAUGAGAUUUAAUAAAAGUAAGCAACAUGUUAGCUUGC